CUCACCUCUACCUUUAUCAUCUAUUAUCUCAUCCAGUGUUGCCUUUCGCCUCCAUUCUCGAGUCGGUAUCUCCAUCUCUUCUUCGUCGCUCUUCAUCCUCUUCUCUAACCAUCAUAUCCUAAACUACAGAGUUAUCCAACGUCCGUAACGAUGCGUUUCUCUACCACCGUCGCCUAUCUGGCUGCCUGCCUCGCCGCUCCGGCCACGGCCCUCGCCAUCUGGGGCGAUUCGGCCUCCGCACUCGACGCUUCUCUCAAGGUCCCUGGAGAAAACCCCAUCGAGUACUGCAGCGCCGACCGUGACGACGACCUCAUUGAGAUCAAGAAAGUCGACUUGGCUCCUAACCCCCCCAAGCCUGGCAAGGCACUCCUCAUCACGGCCUCUGGUGAAGUCAAGAAGACCAUCACUCCGGGUGCAUACGUCAAGGUCACUGUCAAGUACGGCCUCAUUCAGCUUCUCUCCACAACUGCAGACCUGUGCGAGCAGCUUGACAAUGUCGACCUUUCCUGCCCCCUUGAGAACGGACAGAUGACCAUCACCAAGAGCGUCGAUCUCCCCUCUGCCAUUCCUCCGGGAACCUACAGCGUCCUUGCCGACGUCUACUCCGCCGAUGACGAGAAGAUCACCUGCUUGAAGGCGACCGUUAACUUCCCUCGACCAAGCCUGGGCUCCUUCGAGAACACUGAGGAAUUGUAAUUUCUGCUUUAUGCUACGAGAAUGAUUACGGGCAACUGGCAACGGUGGAGAUGAUUCGGAUUCUGUUUUUCUUUUUCUUUUGACUGCUGGGUGUUUUUU